ACGAUGCUCCCCCAGCGUCCUAGACAUAAUGUUACGAAUGUGCUGUAAUGUGAUGAAAUUGUAGCAUGAUGCAAUGUUAGCUCAGCAUGGUGCAAUUAUACUUGUUGAGACAAGAGAGACAGAGGGGAGUCCGGGGCCACCGGUCGCCGGGCAGGAAGUGCUGAGUCGGCUAUUGCGAGCAAGGGUGGCUGAGGGGCAGUGGAGGAGACGCGUGUCUGGGCCUGGAGAGUGUUGAGCUGCUCCGCUCGCGAGCUGUGUGCAUCCGGUGUGCGUGUCUGCCGUGCCCCUGUACUGUGCCUGAUUAACUGUUCUGUGCCCUUGAAAGUUGCUGUACUGUGUGAGGAACCUGUCAUUAAACUAGAACUUAGUGUUGAACGUGUAUCCUUUGUGCCCUGCCUCGUUCCCUCCUCCCCUCGGUGUUCUGUGUGGGCCGCUGUGAGUGACCGGCGCCCGUGUGGUUGUUCUGGGGAACACGCCGCCUGCCUGCCCGUGGAUGAUGUGUGUGGGGGGGGUGGCGUAACACUUGGUGUCAAAGGAGUGGGGAUAAGUGAACAGUGAAGUGCGCUGAGUCGUCAUGGCGUCCCAAAAUGGCCGCCGUGAGGGUGAGGAGGAGGGCAAGGCCGAGGCUGACACGGUUGAUGCGAAGCCGAGCCAGAUGGACUCGUUCGCUGCCAUGCUGUUCAGUCUGAGGCAGGAAUUGGAGCAGAGGGCAGACGAGAGGGCACGCGAGCAGACUCAGAGGGCAGAACAGAGGGCAGAUGAGAGGGCACACGAGCAGGCACGCCAUCUUGCCGAGGUCCUCCAGAGCAGUCUCUCGUCCCUGAAGGCGGAAACCCAGCAGUACACCGACAAGGCCUGCGACAGCGUUAAGAGUGAACUGCUGGGAGAGGUGCAGACUCUGAAAGGCGAGGUCCAGGGCCUGAGGGAGGUGGAGGCGGAGAGGCAGCGGCGAGAGCUGGCAACGUCACGCGGGGAGGAACAAGAAGCGUCACGUGUGCUGGCGGCAAGCACCAGGGUGACGGACUUGCUGGGGUCCUCGUGGGGCCCCUGGCAAGAACCCCUGGGGCCUCGCAGCGUUGUGUCAGAGCCAGCAGCUGCCGCAGGAGGUUGGGGAGCUAUCGGAGCUGCCCCCUUGGGUCCAACUGGCGCCGGAGUCGGACCCACUCACCCCGCCUCUCUGCCACCGUCACCGCCGCCCUCUCCAUGCCGGCCGGCUCACAGCCCACGUGCUCCGCUUUCCCCCUCAUCCAGCCCCUCGGUUUCCCGCCGUUUGGGGAGGCGCAAGCCGGCGGAGUAUGACGGGAAGGUGGCCUGGGAGGCCUAUGUUGCCCAGUUUGUGAUGCUAGCUGCUGCCAAGGGCUGGGACGAGGCUGAGAAGGCGCUGCAGUUGGCAACAGCGCUUCGGGGCCCAGCUGUGGAAGUGUUGGGGCACCUGCCGCCGGCCCAACGUGCCUCUUACGGGAGCAUGGCGGAGGCCCUGUGGCGACGUUUCGGGCACCACCUUCAGGCCGAGGUGUACCGAGCUCGCCUGAAGAAGCGGACUCGGGAGCGCGGCGAGACACUGUCGCAGCUGGCGCAGGACGUGAAAGCGCUGGUCAGAAGGUCGUAUCCUGCUGCCCCGGAAGAGAUGAUCGUGGUGCUAGCCCGCGAUUUCUUUGUUGACGCUCUGCACGACCAACAGCUGCAGAUUUACGUUAAGCAGGCGCACCCUGGGGACCUGCAGGUGGCGCUGGUGAGGGCCUUGGAAUUCGAGGCCUUCCUGAAGACGACCAGCGGCCUAGGGGCGGCCGCCCAGCCCCGCCGUGACCUCCGGGGCCGGAAGGCGAAGGUGGAGAAGAAGGCGGCGUCGAGGAAGGCGAGCCCGGACGGUUUUCUCGGCUCGUGUUGGGGCUGUGGCAAGAAGGGGCACAUGCGCAGUCGUUGUCCGAGGGAGCGAAGGACGCGUUCCCUUGACCGACUGAGUUCUGACGCCUUUCAGCCUUGCUGCAAGGACUGUGGCAAAUCUGGCCACCGUUCGAGCGCCUGCCCCAAGCCAAAGGAGGUAGUGCAGGCGGGAAACCCGGACAGGCUGGAGAAGGGGGCCGAAUCCCAGCCGUCAGUCCCCGGGCCCCGACUUGCGUAA